AUGGCUCGUUGGGCGGAACACUUUCGAGAGCAGUUAAGAUGGCCUCCUGUUGCCGGACCGGUUCCUACUCAGGUGAUGCAGGACGAGCCAUGGACGGUUAGUUUAGAGCCUCCGUCGGAGGCCGAGGUCCGAAACGCGAUUACAGCCCUUAAUCGUUUUCGUGACGCUGGCCCGGAUUCCUUCCCACCUGCACUAUUUAAGGAUGGAGGUGAAGUCUACUACAAAACACUGACCUCCUUAAUCGAAUGUGUCUGUAAAGAAAAGAGCGUCCGGGCUAAUUGA